AUGCCUAUGCAUAAUGUGGACUGUCCUAGGUGUUCUGAUCCUCAAGAAUCUAUUAUGCAUGAUUUAGUUACUUUCCCCUUUGCUAGUAGGGUCUGGUUCAUAUCUGAUUUCAACAUAAAUACUCAAUUUUUUCAGAACAAUUCUUUUACAGUUUGGCUUCUUUUCUGGUUGAUUGACCCUCAUUAUAAACUGUCUGAGGAUGAUCAAUGUCUCUUUGUGGCUAUUUUAUGGUCUCUCUGGACCAGUAUAAAAAAUUACAUUUUUCAAAACAUCAAGGAAAACUUUACUGAUGUCCUAGCUAGAGCUAGAGCUAUGCUCCUCACUAGGAAAUCUAGGAAUCCUAGUUGUACUAUCCUUUCACCCUUGCAUGUCAAUAUUUGUGAUAAAUGGAUGCCCCCCUCUUUUGGUUGGAUUAAAUAUAAUACUGAUGGUGCCUUUGAUGAUAUCUCUGGAGCAAAUGGUGCAGGAUGUUGUAAUUCGGUAGCUCAUGAGCUUGCUCAGUGGGCAAAACAAAACAAUUCUACCAUGUACUGGUCUAAACCCCCUGUUUGGAUUAUUCCAACAGUCGAGGAGGACCAUUAA